AUGGAACCUUUACGCCUCAAGCCACGCCUGCCGGCGGUCGACCUCGACAUCGAGGACUGGGACGAUGACGACUUCCAAAUCGAAUCCGACGACCUUACUUUCCGGACCGCAUCUACCGCCACCACCAAUGCCCCGCCACGUCGUGAUUCGGCGUCCUCCCACAUGUCCUUUCGCUCCGAACUCGAAUCGGUCAUUGACGAGGAGACCCAUGUACAUGUUCCCGGCGACGAUGAGAAGUCGACCAUGGACGCUAUAGCCGCAGCUACACAAGCCGGCAUUCCCAUACCCAAAAACGUACCUUCAUCCGCUCUCAUGGGCGGCACCAUCAAGCGACUAGGAGGAAGAAAGAUUAAGAAGAUUAUCCAGGACGAUUGGGAGGACGACUUGGUGCUACCGGAUUCAAAGGACGGACUUCGCAUCAAGCCUCAGGACGCUUCUAAGUUCCCCGAUAUGCUCAGGCAAGUUAGCGGAGGCUCCAGCCAAACCAGCCCGACGAAGCCUAUGAAGACCCCUCUUGCUCCGUCAUUAUUGGACCGAAGAGAGUCGACCGACCGCAGAGAGUCAACUGAAUCGAGGACGAGCACAUUAUCGGGUGCUAUUAACUUGGACAAGUUCCGAGACAACGACGAUGAUGAUGACUUCUUCGGCGAUGGAUCGGAGACCAUCAAAGUGUCGAAGACACGGCCUCCGAAACCUAUCUCACUUAUCACUCCCCCAACGCCUUCCAAGGGCAAUGUGAAGCCUUUGGACGACGACUUCGAGAAUGACUUUGAGCUGCCUUCUGAUGGUAAGCUGAAGCUUUCUACUCGCAAGGACAUUCCGAAGACACCAUCGAAUCAGGCAGAUGACUUGGACUGGGGCGAGGGCAGCCUCGGUACUCGUUAUGGGGGCACUCGACGAGACGCACGCUCUAAUAGAAGCUCGUCCGUCUCGGCUAUGAGCCCCAGCGUAUCAAGUUCGUUCACCGCUGAGAGCGAGGAUGAAACGUUUGAGGGACUCGUGCUGCCAACUGGCCCUGUCAACUUCGAGGAGAGGCUGAAGAGGAGAAAGCUCAGUCGCUCGCCUGCCCGACCGGUUGAAGAAGAGCCACCGAACCUCAAGACGCCAAAAGCUGAGGUGGAGGGCGAAGAUCUGCUGGAUGGCCUUGAUGUCGGCGACGGCGAUGUGUUCAACCCCGGCAAGCUCACACUUCACCGUAACAUUCGCCUCAACAACAAUCGACCACCAAGCCCAGCGCGCCCCAAGACGGCCGUCUCCCUCACGUUCUCGAGCAAGCCGACACCCUCACGAUUGCCCCGGCCAAGUCAUGAGAGGACAAUGUCUGCACUGGAGCCUGUUUCUGAAAGCGGCGGACCCAUCCUUUCUCGCUCACGGAGGUCUCAGUCUCGUCUCGGCCAUCAAUCUCAGUCCUCCGUCACCAGUGUUCACAGCAUGCCUACUCCCACAACGCCGUCUCCUGCUCAUUCUCUGCUUCCGGCCACUCCUCGCAGAAGAGAGCUUGGCUCUAGGACAUCCACGACAUCGCUGCGGAAUGAGCCGACAACCACUCACUCGCAGUUGCUGAGAUUCAAGAGGUCUUUACCAGCUAUGAACAUAAAGCCCUCCAGCUCACCUGCCAAGCCGACUGGCUCUCGUUUCGAGAGACCACCUUCGAGGACUGAGGGUAACCGCCAACAGUCAGGGGCGCGACCGAAAACGCCAGUCGAGAGGACCCGCCCUGCAACGGUGGAAAGCUUCGCUGCUCAGCAACGACGACCUUUCCUCCCUGCUGGGGCAUCUCAAUCCCAGUCGCAACACGUGACUACUAAAACUUCUCGCACCUUCCGACGCCAUGAUUCCGAGAAUGCCUUGGACUUGCGGCCGACUUCGAGGGCAUUUUCGAGGUCUACAAUGCGCUCACCUAGUCCCAAGAGGCUCAAUCGACAUUCGGAUCAUAUCACUCACGAUGUCUUCUCCAGCUCUUCUUUCCGCAACAUGACCAAGCCUCACCGGACCCGCAAUUUCGGCGAUGGUCAUGAGCUGGAUGCCUUCGACGAUUUGCCUACCUCAGCUCAAUCCGAGGCGAAAUUCAUCCGACAACCUGUCAAGGCGCCGCUUCGCAAUAAGAUUUACCAGAAUGUGCAGACCGAUCGGACUACCACACCCUCCCCGGCACCAUUUUCAUCCCCUGCGAGGUCUGAUUACACGCCCCAUUUUGCCCGUGAUACCCAGGCUAGCCGAAUUGCUCGGGAGACCUCGCUUGCCCAAAGAGCUCCAUCAGGCCCACUGGCGCCUCUCACGUCUUCACGCGUCUCGCAACUGUCAUCGUCGAGGAACACUUUCAGCCCCGGAAUGCCGCAACCAUCGGUACGAUCAAAGAAGAAGAGGAACCCUCCUCAAUUAAAACCUCAUCUCAUAUCAAACAUGAAUAAAGAGAAGACACCACAACAUCUCCAGGGCAUGUUCUACAACCCUGACACUUUCCGUUGGGAAGGCAACGAAAAUGUCCUGAACGCGUUCGACCCACCACCCGCGUCGUCACCUUCGACAGCAUCACUACCACCUCACAUGAUGCGCGAUAAGGAAGCCACUACCCCCAGACCGGCUUUAAUUACGAAUAUUAGCCAUACGAAGGGCGUGCAAGUUGUGGGGGGAAUGGUUUUUGACCCACAGAACAUGUGCUGGCUGAAGCUUGGUCCCCAGUCGAACCCCAAGUCUGAGAUCCCCGAUCCUAUGGACGGCUUCAACGCCCUGGAUGACGACGAAGACGUCUUCAAAGACAUUCCAGACCUUGAAGACAACCAAGGCGACUCCAAGGAGCCUGGUCGUGUCAGCGAGGUCAAGGAUGAAUGGUUGGUCGGCGAAGAAUUCGACGUCGGUCCAGAGUUCAUCCGACGACAGAGAGAAGAGGAAGACAGGUGGAGAAAGAAGUGCGAGAAGUGGCUUGGUGUCGGCGAAAGAGAUCGCGAAGCAUGGCGGUGGGCGAUUCGCGACAUUCUACUAUAUCAGAGGACUGCCCAGUAG